AGAUAAACACACACUCAUAUAUAUGUAUUAAUUAAUACACAUUUAAAAAGACUAACGCCCCAAUCUUACCAAUUGACCAAUGAAAUUUCAAAUAAUUCAACUUCCGCUUUGGUUCCCGAACAAUAAGUUACCAUUAUUCCACUGUGAUUCUCAGGAAAGACUAAUUUAUCUCAAACGAUUCCAGUGUUGCUGGUUUUCUUUAAGACAGUGUUCUGUCAGACCAAUUCCAUUGACAAUUAACCAUUUAUUUUGACGUCCACGUACACUACUUAUACACAAACAGUCUACGAUAUUUCUUAACCAACUCUUGGAAGCUAAUAAUGGACAGAGACCAAGCUACUUUUCUACCAAUUCAAACAUCGGCGUUACCCAACUAGAAUUAUACGAGAAGAAAGGAUGACAUUGGUGUAAAAGAAAUUUUUUACUUUGGAUGCAUCAUCAGUACAUACAAAUGUUUAAAGAAGAAAAGCAGAUGCCUUACACAAUCGAUGUAACCCUGUAUGCAUAAAUUUAUGGUGGAACUACAAUGAAAUGAAAUAUCUCUUGUGAAGUGAGAGUAAAAGCAUUGUCAUUUUACUUCACUGUUUGGAAAAUUUUGCAUUCUGAUUAAAUUUGGACAAAUUUUCAAAUGGAAUUGUUGCAUCUUGUGAAAUUGACUAAGUAAAUAGUUGAUUGACAGAGGUAUAACAGUAGAAAUAUUUGUUUGGAAACAAAUGGAAAAUUGAACAGGAGUAAAGUGAAAUUGAAGAGGUAUUAUGGCAAACGAAGCUGAAUGUAAAACAGAGUUUGAAAGAAUUUAUCUUCCUGAUGAAAUACAGGCAACCAGAGGAAAAACAAUGUACUACUGUGAUAUCUGUGAUAAUUCAUUCUCUCAGAAAUGUAACUUGACUACUCACAAAUGUGUUCCUAUCAGAGAAAAACCAUAUCACUGUGAUAUUUGUGGUAAAUCAUUCUCCCAAACCAGUAACUUAACUACUCACAUACGCAUUCAUACAGGAGAGAAACCAUUUCACUGCAAUGUCUGUAGUGAAUCAUUCUCUCAAAGAAGUCACCUCACUAAACACAAACGUAUUCACACAGGAGAGAAGCCAUAUCACUGUAAUGUCUGUGGCAAAUCAUUCUCUGGAAGUGGUGAUUUAACCACUCACAUACGUACACAUACAGGGGAAAAGCCUUAUCAUUGUGAUAUCUGUGGUAAGUCAUUCUCUGGAGGCAGUGAUUUAACACGACACAAACGAAUACAUACUGGGAUUAAGCCUUAUCACUGUGAUGUCUGUGGUAAGUCAUUCUUGUCAAAUAGCGACUUAACUACUCACAAACGUAUUCAUACAGGAGAGAAGCCAUAUCACUGUGAUAUCUGUGGUGAGUCAUUUUCUGGAAGUAGUAACUUAACUAAACACAAACAUGUUCAUACAGGGGAGAAACCGUAUCACUGUGAUAUCUGUGAUAAAUCAUUCUCUCAUAAUAAUGCUCUGACAACACACAAACGCUUUCAUACUGGAGAGAGACCAUAUCACUGUGAUGUCUGUGAUAAAUCAUUCUCUGUAAGUAGUCACCUAACAAAACACAAACGUAUUCACACAGGAGAGAAGCCAUAUCACUGUGAUACCUGUGGUAAAUCAUUCUCUGGAAGUAGUGAUUUAACUACUCACAAACGUAUUCAUACGGGAGAGAAACCAUUUCACUGCAAUGUCUGUAGUGAAUCAUUCUCGCAAAGAAGUCACCUCACUAAACACAAACGUAUUCACACAGGAGAGAAGCCAUAUCACUGUAAUGUCUGUGGCAAAUCAUUCUCUGGAAGUGGUGAUUUAACCACUCACAUACGUACACAUACAGGGGAAAAGCCUUAUCAUUGUGAUAUCUGUGGUAAGUCAUUCUCUGGAGGCAGUGAUUUAACACGACACAAACGAAUACAUACUGGGAUUAAGCCUUAUCACUGUGAUGUCUGUGGUAAGUCAUUCUUGUCAAAUAGCGACUUAACUACUCACACACGUAUUCAUACAGGAGAGAAGCCAUAUCACUGUGAUAUCUGUGGUGAGUCAUUUUCUGGAAGUAGUAACUUAACUAAACACAAACAUGUUCAUACAGGGGAGAAACCGUAUCACUGUGAUAUCUGUGAUAAAUCAUUCUCUCAUAAUAAUGGUCUAAUAAUUCACAGACAAAACCAGAUUAUGUUGGCAUAA